UUUUGUUGUUUUUGUCGUUGUUUUGAUAGAAGUUUUUCUUGUUUGUACGCUACUUUAAGUAACCGACUGGUAGAAGCGAUCAGGUUUUACGAACCAGUGCCAACUGAAAGCGGCGAAAUGCUUCGUGAGCGAUGGAGAAGUGGGGUGACUUCGUGAUCAGGUUUCGCUGACCAAGUGGUUCCUUUACUGCCGUCACGAUGGCAACGGCUUUCAAUGAGGUCAACGUUGCGAACGAGACACCGCUGAUGUUCUCGCGAAGCAGCUCCCUCGGUUCACUCAGCAGUCUGGAUCGGCAAGCCGCACUCAAUGCCCACAACCUCGCUGUCAACCAGAGCCAGCAUACAAGUGGGGCUGUCUCUCCCAGUGAUCUGCCAGACUCUCCAAGCCAAACAAUGCCACCAAGCCCACGCCAUAGAUCUCCUGAACCUGCUUUCCGACUUCCCCCCUGCAGAAAGCCCAUUCCACAGCCAAUUGGCGGUGUGUUCCAAGACUGCCCACGAAGUUUUGCAGAAGAAGGAACUCCUUGUCGCAUGUCACAGGCUACCAGCCUCAGUUCUCUCACUCAAGAUGACGACACUAGCAACAUUGAAAAACUGCUAAGGCAUGAUGAUGAGCAUGGGGCCUUUCAGGAGAGCAGUUUUGAAGAAGAGCGUGACGGACAGGCACGUUUUGUAGAUGGCACAUAUUAUGGGCGGAAGCACAUGCAAGGCCAGUCGCAUCUGCCACCUCACAGCAUCACUGGCAUUGAUGAAGGUGCAGUUGAAGUGUUUGCAGACACAACACGGCGAUAUGCCCAAGAAGGCACACCACGAGGCUACUCAAGGCCUGAGAGCCCCUAUUCAUUAGCUAAUGAGAACACCUGUCCACAAAGCGGCAUUGUCCCUGACUGGGAUGAUGACUACCAAAUGAGGCCCCACCGAAAGAAACAGCCUGUGCCCUUUGAUAAUAGUCGCAGUCAUAGAUGGAGUGGUGAACGAGUUCAGAAAUCUCAUGCCACACACAAGCAUGUCUCAUUUAAUGAUAACUGCGUCAUGCGCACAUCUCAUGAAGAUGCUGCUGUGCCUUACUUUGCUGAGGAUUGUGUUCGUGUGUACUGCACGGAAGGUACACCGUCUGUUCUUUCCCAUGCACCUUCCCUGAAUGACCUGGGCAGUGCCAAAGCCUGGCCUAAUCCACAGGGUUCAGGUGAACAUAUGCUUGAAGCUUCACCUGAUGGUUGUCAAAGACCGUCAUCCCAAAGUAGCCAGGCCAAUCCCAAGUCACCACGGUGCCAUAAACGUGCAUCAAUCAGUGAUGACUGUCAUCUUCACUCUCCACACGAAACAGCAUCACCAUCUUUUGAAGAAGACUGUUUGCGCGUGUACUGCACAGAGGACACGCCAUCAUUACUCUCCCAUUCUGCAUCAUUCACUGAUCUCAGCAUAAGUCAUGAUGACGGGAAGAAUUGGGAGUCGACUGAGCAUUCUCCAAAACCGUCUUUCGCUAAAGCAGAAGCCCUUAUUGAUGUUUCUGAUGAGGAGGAAGGCAGUGCCGAUCUCAUAGUGCAGUGCAUCCAACUGGGUUGGCAGGUAUCACAGUCAUCAAACUGUAAUCCAAAGACCAGGAGCUGGAGUGGAGCAUCAGAAACACCGGGGAAAACUACAUCUGUCACACUUCAGAGCAGCUCAUCCUCACCUUUGCCAUCUAGUCACACAACCUGUCAAAGUCAACAGCAUACCAGUGAGAAUAAUACAUUGCCAAACGAAAUGCCAUCUCACAAAUUCAGUGUGGUAAGCACCAGGCAGAGCUCAAGUGUCAGCAGUCUUGUUGAAAGAACCUCUCCAGAGCUCACCUGGAAGAGCAAUAGCUUUGGGAAUGUAAGUGAACUAAACAAUUGCCUGAGAGGCUGUUCAGUGGCUGGGCAAAGCUUUUCAGAUAUCAGCCAGCCCUCCUGCACACAAAACUUUAGUUCAACCUUUUGCACAAACAAGAGCAGUAGCAUGCGUGGCAGCAUGGGUCAAAUGGAAACAGUAUGUCAAGAUAGUAGUGAUGAAGAGGAUGAUGUCCGCUUGUUGCAGGAAGUUGUGAUGAUGGGCAGGGCACUGGCUGGAAACCCAGAAUUGUCUGCAAGCGUGACAUCUACAAGCACAUCCAAGGUACACUCCGCUCCAGCACCGAAGGUGCCUUCUCAGCCGGAAUUGUAUUUGCAGUCCCUGCCUUCAAGCACAUCUUCUGUUUCAGUGGCAAGCCCUUUGAGACCACACCAGUAUGCUCAAAGCAGCAGGCAUGAUGCUGUUUUGAGUUCCACGAGCAUCACAGAAAACCCAGCAGAACUGCCACUGUUGUCCUCUAGUCAUAUUUGCUCCAAAGCUGAAAGUAGUACUUUUCAGAGUAAAAAUGAGCAUCUGUCUGAAAGCAGUGAUGAGGAGCAAGACAGCAAGAUAUUGCUUGAAGUGAUCAGUCUUGGUCGUGCCGCUGUGGGUAAACUGCAACACUCUGGAGGCAAGAGCACGGACCCUGACACUAAAAGUCUCCGGGACAAUGUCUCUGAACAUCAAAACAAAAGUUCUCAAGUGCUUGUAGGAGGCACUGCAUGUGUUAAAGUACAGCCUGCUACCAAUGACAUGCCACCUCCUGGUCAAUACCUGACAUCUCCUUGUGCAAUGCCAGAUGUUAGCGACUGUUUAAUCCACGACAACGACGAUGAUAAUGAUGAUGACGAUGAUGGCAAGUUGCUAAAAGAAGUAAUCAUGCUUGGCCUUUCAAGUGUGCAAAGCAUAGCUUUAAAUUUGCCACAGCCACAUCUUGGCAAGCAGCCAAUGACAGUGCCUGAGAAGGAGAUGCCAGCCAUUGCAACAUCAUGUGCUGGCAAUGAUGCACGAAUUAAUGCUGUUGAAGACAGUCCUUCUGAACCUGCGAAAGGACCUGUUUGUGAUAGUGUGCAUAAAGAUACUUGCAACAGGGAGGGAGAACAGAAAGACAAGCCUACAGUUCCUCCUGAGCCUCCAGCUGACUCCUCUGACCGUGUUGUCCAAAUUCGUCUAAAGUUGCCAAACAGUCGAACACUGACUCGACGCUUCCUAGCAUCAGCAGAGCUUGGUGUACUGCUAGUCUAUCUGGAUUCUCUGGGCUACCCACUCACCAGGUUCAAGAUACUCAAGAACUGGCGUAGGCAAGAACUUGCAACCGUAAACCCAAAACAGACUCUGGAACAACUCAAGCUUUACCCCAAGAAGACUCUAACAAUAAAGGAGCGGUAGUCCCACCGGCUUUUAUACAUGUA